GGAUGCGAUGCAACGCGAUGAUGACGACGCAGGGCGGAAGUAGUGGAGAGAGAGAUAGACGGCGACUCCGUGCACAUGUUGCAAAUGGCAGGCGGUGCGUGAGCGUGACAUUUCAACACUCGGUGUGUUUUCGGAUGUUGUAGAUUCACGUAAUUCCACAUCCUCGCGUAAGGACCGGCUCUUCCGCAUCCUUCCUCCACGAUCUAGAUCAAACACUCCGGCUUCCCCGACGUGCUCGCGGGGUACGUUGACCGGGGUACACCUCUCCGAAGAGGGAGAGGGCGGCGGCAACGGCCGCACGCACCUUGAGACGAGGAGAAGUUCGUAGAACCCGGGUGAGACAGACGGAACGCGAUGGCGAGGCUGGUAAACAUUUGGCGGGACGAGGAGCCGGUGAAGCUGUCGGCCAAGCAAAUGCCGUUGAUCAUCGACGAGAGUCUGACGAUGAUCAUGGAUAUAAGUAAUUUAGGAGCGGUUAGUGAUAGUCCUUUAGUACGUGGUAAACAGCUGGAUGAAUUUACAAGGAAGUUGGAUAUGCUCACGAAGGAAGAAAUCAAAGCAUCGUUUGAAGUUACUUGCAAGGACAUGCUUGGAAUUUUGGGCCAGACAGAACCGUGUGUCGGUUGUCGAAGAAGUGUUGAAAGAUUGUUCUACGACUUGAUGAAGUCAGGCCAUCCAGCAUUGGAUCCGUUAGUAAUUACUCCCAAUGGUGUGCUUUCUAUAAAAGAUGAAGUUCUGGAAUCACCGCAACGGCUUUGCACAAUAUUGCAUGGACAUAGCGCUAGGUUACAUAAUUUAGUAGAGAACCAACCGAGAAAUAGAAAAUCCCGGCGAUGCGUUAUGCACUCUUUAGAAAUUCAACGAAUGCGACCGCCGCCGAAUGCAUGGAGGGAAGUGUGGGAUUGCAUGGAAUUGCCAUGUCAAGAGGAAUUAACUUUAAUCGAGAAUAGGACACUUGACCAUACUUUGGACACUUAUCUACGUAAACAUAGGUUUUGCGUCGAGUGUCGUAACAAAGUGUUAUUGGCGUCGUCUCUCCUCACACGAGAACUCGAACCUGCGAAGGAGAAAGGCUACGCAGCAGUUUUAUACUCUGGAAUUAGACGUUGUAUAGCCGAUCGUCAUAUUCACUUACCAACUGUGACAGAAUACAUUGGCAAACUUAUUGGUCGCGCACAGCCAGAACUCAUGGGAAGAGAGCGUCAUGCAAAGACGUUGGAAAUUGCUCAAGAGGAAGUACUUACAUGCUUAGGUAUAUGUAUGGCGGAGCGAUUGCAUAGAGUUCAUAGGCGGCUGAAGGAAGAGGAGACCGUGUGUAAAGUAUUAGCUGCUGUCGCGGUGGACGCAUUGUCCAGAAAUUUCCAGAUGGCAGUCGAGGUGAAACAAGGUAUCUCUCAAUUAGAACUGUUGUACGAGGAAAUUACAAGGGAGGAAAUAGCGAAGCAGCAGAGACGUGAAAAGUUACGGCUAAAACGUAAGAAAAAGAAGGAACGUCGUUAUGAAACUGAAGAGAAGGAGAAUUCCUGUGACUGUUCAAAUGAAAGGCAAGAUAAAGCCUCUUGUACUUGUGCAGAAUCAAAGCCAACGACGCAAAAUAUCGACCGACAUAAGGUACAAACAAAACCUGAUCUUGGAUCCAAAAACAAAGGACCACCCACAUGUAAAUGCCCGGAUUGUUUAAAGAAACAAAAAACAUCUAGUAGUAUAUCGCAAAAAAAUUUAGAGUUAACAUACCUUUUAAAUAACACAAGUGCACAGAAAGCUGUUGUUAAAAAUAGCACUUCUGAAGCGAAAACGAAAUUUAGUACAAGUCAAUCGAAACAAAAUGAGACAUCUCACAAAGAAUUAUCUCAAGAGGAUUCGUCCGACACUUGCGAAUUGUGUAAGGAAAGUGAAAAGGUUGAUGAGGGCAUACAGUGGCAUGUAUAUCACAAAGUCCACAAAGAUUUCGUGACUGAUGAACUAACAAAUACAUGGAUAACAAAAGGCGACGAAGCUAAAUAUCCCACCCUAACCGAGCCUAAUCUAACCAUGUUGAUGGAGAUGAAGGAACAGUUUACAAGACACACUUUACCGACCUUGCUCAAUUGUAAUAGAUUGUACCAAGAUUGCGGAUAUUUUUCUGGACACAACGUCAGUAGUUCCUCUCUUCCUAGUACACCAGAGGGCUCCGAAGUAGCCUGCAACGAUGAAUGUUGUAAUCACGAAAGGGCUUGUCACGAUAAACUUAAUCAUUCCAAUCCUAGUAUUUCUUUAUUAGAAGAAAGUGGUUCGCUGUCACAAAUGCUAAAGGAUUCCAAUUUUUCCGACGAGAACGAGAGCUAUAUUCCUGAUGAAGAAGUGUUAGAGUUUAAGUCGCGAAUGUGUCAUCAACUUAAAGAGAAGCGGCAGAAACUCCGACAAACGCUUAAAGAACGUUUUGCUAUGUUGUGCAGCCAUCAGAAAUCGCUUACAAUUAUUCAGUAAGAAUUCCUCCUAGUUAUGGUAAUUCAAUAUAAUAUAUCUGAUUUUUUCCCUUUUUUACAUUGAUUUACUGCCAGUAACAGGAGACAAAUAUGAUAAAUGUAUUUUGAAUAAUUGUUAUUAUUCGAAAUCGAACCUUCUAAUGUUAAUUAAAUGCUGAAAAUAUAUACAACAUAUAUACAAAUAUAAAACAUACAAGGAUAUCAAGAAAGAAGAGCUAAACAUAACGUAUAAUUAUUUAUCUCUGCAAGCAGAGAUCGUGUAUAAUAAAUAAAAGAUGUCAAGACAAAAAGAGGGUUUCGAUAAUCGAAUAACAUUGAUUUUGAAAAUACAAAAUAUACAAUGCAAAGCAUAAGACUAUAGAAGAUUGAAUUUGAUUGUAUAGAUCUGUACAAUUGAAGUAAACGUAGAUAUUUUGUAUGAAUA